AUGAGUACUUCUGAAGCAGGGUCCGUGAAUAUGGACCUUUUUUUCCUAACAGAAAACAUGUUUAUUGUGCCCGAGGAUGUUCUCAAAGAAAUCACAAGGGGCCCAUUGCGAACAUUCAUACUUGAAUCCCAGGAUAUCCAAAAAAUAUUUUGGGUUUGGAAAUGUCUUCUUCAUACAUUUUCAGCUGCUAAUCUUCCAGGCCCUCAUAACACUGCCAUCUGCAAUGCUAUAAGCGGGUUCUUGGAGUCAGCCGUCAAGUCGGACAAUAGUCAACUACACAAAUACGUAUUGUCUGAAGAAACAUGGAUGUCGGUCUUUGAAAUAUAUCUAGACCGUUAUCAAUACGGAAGGCCGAAGCCCAUGAAACAAGUUCUCGCCACACUCCUCGUCUUGUUAAUAAAACACAUGGAUGUAAACACUUCUAAGUCGCUAUCCAGCAACAUAGGGAGAUCUUUUAUUCCAAUUCUUUUUAAGUUUGAGCCCAGAUCCCGACUCAAAGUCAGCCUAGUGACUUUAGAACUACUUGUUCGCAAAAGGGUUAUUGAUGUGCUCGAUUUCGUCUUACUCGUGCAGGAAUGGCUAUGGACUCACUGUUCUCAGUGGAUGCCGCUUUUUGUAGAGCAUUGUGCUAGUGUCACUCUUCCCUUCAGCCGCCUUGCGGAUGAAAACGAGAGAAAGGAGCUACCGCCGCGAGAAAUUCUUUUAAACACCUCCCGCCUGCUCUGCAUUACUCUCUUGCUCAAUAUGCAAAACCGAGAUGUUUCGUUACCGGCCGGAAUGCUAUUUUCUCAAUUGUGCUACAAACUCAAAGAAGUGUCUCCUCUCAGUGACUUCACGUAUUACGAAAACGGGCGUCCUUUCUGGGUAACACCGUUAAGGCACAUCUCUCUACUGAAUCUAGAUUGCUUAGAUCCAGUAGCCAACCACAUCCUUCUACCGUUAUUCAAAAUGCAACCAAAAGAUUUUAAUCUCUUUGUAGCAACAUUGCCAAUUAAAGGUCUUCACUCGAACGUAUACACUACGGCUUCUAAUGAGGAGUAUGCCCUCCUGUUUUCCAUUCUCGAGUUAGGUAAGGGGCUAGGGCUUGUUCAUGAUCAGUCAGCACCUGGGAGUCUGAGCCCAUCAGUCGCCGAAUUUUCCAUCAUUCUUGAACCCGUAUAUUACCGACAAUUCUUGCUUCACGCAGAGCAAAAUAUUCGGAUUCCUGCAUUGUCUCUACUAAUCACAGACCUGGCUACUGCAAAACCAUUCGCACCAGCUGCACUUCGCGUUCUAAUGGAUUCCCUCCCCUACAUCCAGGCAGAAACCGAUUCCCACAUCCGCAGUCGGCUUUUAGGACUCUUUCGAAAAUUUGUUAUCAGGCUUCGAGGCAGCUCCAAUUCGCUUCCAGCAACCAAUUCAAGGGUAGAAGAGGCAAUAUCUGACGCAACUAUAGAUACUAAGGGCUUUCUCCAUUGGUACUUUGGAUUUCUUGAAAGUGAACUUCGCCCUACUGCAUCAUACCAGAGACAUAUUCUUGCAUUGAAAAUUUUACUUUUGCUGAUACAGUCCGGAAUUGAUGCGGGAGUUAACUCUGAACACCUUUCUAGGCUUGGCCAAGGAGAGCAGAAAUGGCGUUUCAACAUGGAUGUGUACGCCCCGAGUUUACUAAGGGUCAUUGCGGAUCUUCUGUCUGACCCUUUUGAUGACGUUCGAGAAACCUCCUUAACUCUUCUGCGUUUAUGCCCUAAGCGGCUUUUAAUGCCUAGAUCAGACAUUCUCGGCCCAGGUCUAUACAGCCAGAUAUGUACAGCUAUCCCAAGAGCAGAAGAUAUGGCGGGAAUGACAAGCAGGGCUGAUCACUCGGACACUGUUGCUCGCCUGUACCACCUUCGCUUUAGCCUUUCUGCGACCUUCUCUGACGAAAAAGCUUUGUUGCGAUCAAACGAGGCCUUAACCCCUCAUGAUAUUGUCGACGGCUUACUGGAGAAUUUGGAGCAAAGUAUUUCAUGCUCCCCAGCGGCAUUUUAUACUGCUCUGCACAAUACACCCCUUCAAGGAUACGUAUCUGCACUAAGAUAUAUUUCUACAACACCCGAUUUUCAUGAGGUGGUGUCCUCGAGCGACGAUCCAAACCCAUCUUGGUUAUCUUUCUUGGAACGAAUGCUUUCAGUUUGCUGGAGUAUAUGGUUUGGAGUUCAUGAUGUCCUCUGUGCUGAUUCACCAGAACGGGAGCACGAAAGUCUACAGGAAGACCUGGUCGGCCCUAAGGAUAUUUUAUCUUUUUCAUGGCGGGCACUGCGUGAAUCAAGCCUUUUGCUGAAUGCUAUUCUGUCAAAUCCUACCUUCGCUCCAAGUGCCUCCGGGGGCAUCGGAUAUGAUAUUCUUUCGAGGGUAGGGUCCUUGAGCUUCGAUCAAUUAGCCGAACUGAGGCAUCGGGGUGCUUUUUCUACCGUCUCUCAUACAUUUAUGUCCUGCUGCCAACGCUGUGUCGAGUCUAAUGUUGAUUCAGUAAACGCCCUACCUACCAUAUGGUAUCAGGAUGCUGUACGAAUCAUUCACGAACAAGGCUCUAAGUUAACUAGAAGAUCUGCUGGAAUUCCCGCUAUUGUAACCGGAAUUGCCUCUUCCCAGCCAAACGGUGCCUUAUUUCGAGAAAUAAUGAACGAACUUCAGGAUAUUGCGCGUAUAAGACUUGCCACCGCUGCGGAGGGACCGAUAGUAGAGUUGCCGCAAGUUCAUGCCUUAAACUGUCUAAAGGAUAUAUUUUCGAACACCUGCCUUGCUCCUAGGACAGAGCCGUAUAUAAUGCCUGCCCUGCGUAUAUCAGCUGACUGUUUAGGGUCAAAUAUUUGGGCAAUUCGCAAUUGCGGCCUAAUGCUUUUCCGGGCGCUGAUUAACCGAAUGAGCCAGCCCACCCCGGAAUCACGUCGUUGUACUUUUUCAAUCCCUGGGUAUGACUCCACUCAUAGUGUUCCUUUCGAAAAGUAUCAAGGGCUGGUGCCAUUGUUAUCAGGCCUGCUGGAUACCAGGUCUCUAGUAGUCGCACCGAAUCAUGAACAAAUUUCAUCAGGCAAAUGGGAUCUUUCAAUACUUACUGAACGCAUUUUUCCCGCACUGGAACUAAUUGGAAACAAAACACCCUCUCGUUCCUCUAAAAAUGAUGAGACCUUGAUGGAAUUGGCAUUUUGUCAACUGUCAAACUCAGUUUGGGCGAUAAGAGAUCAUGCAGCAAGGACAUAUGUUUCAUUGGUAAAACGACCAGCUCUUUUGGAAGCUGCACAGAAGCUAUCCCUAGCUAAUAAAAUACCGUACUCCCAAAACCAAGUACAUGGAUUAAUGCUAUGUUUGAAGUACUUGUUACAAAAGUUGUGGGAUUUACCAUCGGGAUACUGGCGUGAUAACGUAAGUAUUUUAAUGUCAGUUGUGGAAAAAAAUUUCACAAAUUACUACUCCGUACACCUAGCACCCUAUACAAAAUCUUGUCUUUUUGAAAUACUAGUUGAGACGUUAGUGGCUUCAAUCAAAUGCCGACAAGAAGACACCAUUCUCCAUCGCUAUGAAGGAUUGGCCGAAACUUACGCAUUCGAGCAACUUCUUCAUAGCCUUCUAAAAUCUAUAUCCGGCUCUUCAGUCUCCAGGUCGUCUGCCCUGUUGAUUAGAAACCUUAGUUUUAUUAUCAUUGUCCUAAAGUUCCUGAGAAACGGAACAUCAGAGGAGGUCUUGCUCUUGGCAGAGCAUGUAUCCGUUUUUGACGUGAAUGGUGCGUGCUGGCUAGUACAGCGGUUUUAUCAAACUUUCGGGUCUUAUCGUGACACUCAAUUCGGAGCAAGCUAUCUAUUUACUCGCUUGAUUGAGACGACACUAUUGUCAGAGUUGAAAACAGUUGCAAUGAUCAGCUUGGCCGAGACUUUGGGACACAUUUAUGAGCAAGCAGACCACGAUUCGUCUGAUUUUGAAUAUUUGAGGGAUUGGGCUAGGUUAAAAGACUUCAAUAUUAUAGAUGAGGAUAGUAUUCUUUGGGAUCGUGAAAGAGCGAAUGCCUAUCUUUACCUGGAGGGCUGUCUGUUCCCUCUUCAGCUGGAAUCUGUGGGACCUAUGGAAAAGACCAGCACGAUGCGACCAAAAUUUCGAAGAUAUAUGCAAGGACUUUUUUUUGCAAUGACCGAAGAGACAGAGUUCACCACGAGACUCGCCGCUAUAGCCUCCCUAAAAUGCUUCGUACUAGGGCUUCGGCGAAUUGGUGUCACUAUAUCCCACUCCCCUCUUCUCGUCGACAUUUAUUUUAUACUUUACGACAUGUUGAAUGAUGAUGAGGAAGAGUUGAGAAUCGCUGCAGCCCAUAUCGCGCCACUGGUUUUCGAAGCCGAAUUCUUGACGCCCACCUUGCCGCUCUUGACAGCUACCACCGUCGCAAAUCUACUCCCCAAACACUUUUCAACAUCUCCGGAUGUUUUUAGGGCCGCAAUUAUUCGUUUCAUGGGGACUCGCCCUAGCACUGUGACAUUCCGACCUAUCUCCGAACAUUUUGCUGAGUUUCGGGAAAGAAAUACUGUCCUAUUUGUGAAGGAAAAACAAAACUUAUAUAUGGAUGAACAUCGCGAGAUAGAAAUUUGGUCCGCUGUUCUUGCGCGACUGGACUACAAGAGUCAAGCGACAGAGCAUAUGCAACAGUUCUGCUCAUGGAUAUCUACUAACUUAGACUCUUUUUGCAAGAUCCUUCAGGAAAAUAACGAGAUCGGAAUAUUGAGCUGGAUUUGCAACCCCGAUGCCAUUGUGAUCAGCAUGCGGCUGUUUUAUGCCGCAAAGGUUCUCCUUCUAACCAAGGCUUUUGGAUGUGCUGAUAUCAAUACAGAAGCACUUCGUAAAAAUCUUCAGAAAAUACACGAUAUUGGCAAAGGUGCUGGAGGAUAUGAGCCUUGGGUUGCAGGAGCAAAAUUUGCGCUGGAAUCCAACAAUCCAUGGACAAUUAACCCAAUGGCUUGUGCUGGUAGCGCCUCUGCGGCACCUCCCUGA